CGGGCUCGGCACCCUAGGUACGGCCGUGGACCGGGCCUGGGCGGGGGCAGGGGCCGUGGCAAGAAGCCGGAAACAGCCGCGGCCCCAGCUCGGGAGACAUGGCGGGCGUUAAAGCUCUUGUGGCAUUAUCCUUCAGUGGGGCUAUUGGGCUGACUUUUCUUAUGCUGGGAUGUGCCUUAGAGGAUUAUGGUGUUUACUGGCCCUUGUUUGUCCUGAUAUUCCAUGCCAUCUCUCCCAUCCCCUAUUUCAUUGCCAAACGAGCAACAUAUGACUCCGAUGCAACAAGUAGUGCCUGUCGGGAACUGGCUUAUUUUUUCACUACCGGAAUUGUUGUUUCUGCCUUUGGAUUUCCUGUUAUUCUUGCUCGUGUGGCCGUGAUCAAGUGGGGAGCCUGUGGCCUGGUGCUGGCAGGCAAUGCAGUGAUUUUCCUUACAAUUCAAGGUUUUUUCCUUGUAUUUGGAAGAGGAGAUGAUUUUAGCUGGGAGCAGUGGUAGCACGUGCUUUAUUCUGAUAAAAUGCAUUUAACUUCUUAGAAUUCAUACUGUAUGUAUAUGUGUGCACAUGUGGCCUUUUACCAUGAAAUUUAAUAUACUGUUUCUUUAUACCUUUGUAAUCAUGUUCACUUUAAGGAGGACUACAUGGGGAAAAGGUUAGUUUUACUCCCAGCCAGUAGACCUCUCCAUUUACUCCAGUUGAAUUAUGUUAUUUGUUUAGCUUUUCAUAUAGUCAUGGUGCUCUCAGAAAACAUGUUAACACAGUCUUGUAGGCAGUUGCUCACUCAGUGUGCUGCAUCUCCACCUUUGGCCCGGGGAUGUGCUUGAGUGGGCACAUAGCGCUGGGGCUGUCUCAGCUCUGCCCAGGACUUCCAAGAUACACCUGUGGCCCAGAGAGACAGAGGCGGCUCCCUCUUUAUGUUGUGGACUCUUGCUUCUCCAAGUGUGGUCCAUAGACCAAGAGCAUCAGCAUCUCGAAGCGUGGUGCAUAGGAGCUUAUCACAGAUGCAGAGUCUGAGGCCCCAUCCUCAACCUAAUACAUUUUGAUGAGACCCCCAAGUGAAUCGCAGGCACAUUAAAGUCUGAGAAGCGCUGUCAUGAAGGAAGAAGCAUUGCCUUCCCCUUGGCUGAACCCCUUAGCCUCUCUGGGCGUUAGCUGCUUGUAAAAACUGUUUCCCCUGCCCCCCGUGUUGAGGCCUACUUCAGACUAUCCUUGGAAUUUGUGAAAUGUCCAAACCUAUACUUUAUAGGCUGUUCCUCACAUUUGUGAAGUGUUCUCAGUAGGGAACACCUAUGACUUCGCAUUGUCUGAAAGGCAGUGGCUGCCUUCACAGUGCUGGGGGGACAGAUCCCCCACUGGGAGGCAGGGGAGGGAGGCUGGGCUGGAACCGGGCCCUGCUUUAGCAGGAUGGGGAAGAAUGGAUAAGUAACGCCGUUUGAUUUCCCUUCAUAAUCUGACAUUUCUCCCCAGUUCCUUCCCUGGGCUGCUGCCCACCCACCUUCACCAGCACCCCCAAACACACACACUCCCAGCAGUUCUGAUUUGCCCUGUCUUCUUCAUGGCUCGGCUUCUCCUUUCUAUAGAGACGUGGAGCCAAGUAAGCAAGCAGAGGGUGAGCUGCUUAAUUUUAUUUACAUGUGAUGUACUUGUCUUUCAUGUCCUGUAGGACUUUUAAAAUAUAUAUAUAUAUAUAUGAAACACUUUAUGCCACUUUUAAAUGAAUCAUUGAAAAUUCAUGUCAUACUGGGUCCUGUAAUCACAGGUUUCCUAGCUCAACUUUUUGUCCAAGGCCUAUCGAGAAAGGGAAAUAUGGGAACUAGAACCACGUGAUUAGAAUAUAAGGAAUGAUUUUAAAGCAUUGUUAAUGUGUGAUAACAGACAUACAUUCAAAACACUGAAACCUUGAAGUUUGUAACCCCUUCAUAUUCUGGAAUGAUGCUGGGAUCAGGAGAAGACAAGAGUGAUACCUAAAAGGAUAAUAUGCAAAGUGAUAUUUUAGCCUUGUGCAUGAUUUUAUGUUUUCAGUGUACUAUGUACGUAUAGAACUGUUAAAGUUGUUAUUUCCAAUAUUUAUAUUAGAAAAAUUAUAUAGACACUUUAUAAUUUUAACCAGCAUUUUUAAUAACACUUGCACUUACUGUAUUGUAAUAAAUUUUACU